AUGGCUUCCAAUGUUUAUUCCGCGGAGCCCGCUUACCCGCUUCUUGCACACUCUCUGGUCCCUCAAUCAACAACACCGGUAAUCGCCUACGAACAACCGAUCCAGGGGUCUACUACCAGCGAAUGGAAUCUCAAUGAUGAUAUAGCUACUGGAAUCAAAUCAGGUAGCUCUGGGAUCUUUCGCUGCGGCUCUGUUAUUGGGUUCUCACGGCUCAAAAUGAGAAGUAGUGACAAUGACGAGUAUAUUGGAGAGGUUCCUCGUCAGAUUCUUACAACCCAUUUGCGGAAAAAUCUCCUUUCAUCAGAGGCAGAAGCCUUCAUAAUUUAUCCCAGCAACUUUGAUGCUUUUGCAGCACGAAAUCUAUUCAACGAUUUGCAAUCUGGCUCAUCGGGUCUUUCCAGAGAUGAUGCAAUCAAGCGCCUGGACUCUGUGCACCUUCUUCAUGUGCAUGACCUGCAAAAUGCCGCUCAGGCCAUCAAGCAUGUGUCAGAGCGACUACAGCAGGCCCAAGAAAGACGCCAGCAGCCUCACGAAGCAUCAAUUUCAAGGAACUCCACCAGCGUCCUCGUCGUGGUGGGCCUGGAUACGUUAGCCGAAGGUGUCAUUCGCGCUUCUAAUCCAGCUAGAGGAGCAGCUGUGCUAGCUAGUACACUGCGUAUGAUGACGCGUAUGUCACGCACACAUUCGGACUUCCUUUCUAUCAUCCUUGUCAACACUAGUGGGCUUGGGUCUGCCUACGAAUUUGACCAAGAGGGAUCGAACAGACGGAACAAUGCGCCUAGCGAUGCCGAUGUCAGAUCAUCCCGUGAUGAUGGCAUUCAUUCUAUUUUCCAGAUGCCUGGGUAUCCACUCUUAUCAAAUCUGUUGAUGAGAACUCUGGAUCAAGGAAUCGAUACCCAUAUUCUACUUUCAGACGUGAAAUAUGCGCGCGUCGCGGAGGUUAUUAAAGAUCGUACAGGUCCUGGGCUAGGGAAAUGGGGGAUAUGGUCACCCAAGAGAUGA